GGACAAUCACACUGCACUCUAAAAUACUAAAAUCCUAUCUGCAAAAACAUUUAUCUAUCAUAACCACAACACAACCUUUUCAAACAAAACAAGUAUUACGAAUUUAAAUACAAUGGCUGAAAUUACAGCACGCAAGCGUAAAGCUUCCACUGCUGCUGCAGUUCCCGCGGACGAGGUCGCAAAAGUAAAGAAGGCUAAGAAGUCGCCAAAAUCUACUGAAUCCGUCAAGCCCAAGGAAGCUGCCAAACCUAAGAAGGCGGCAAAGGUUGUUGAGAAGGUUGUAGAGAAAGAGGUUGUUGAGGAACCAGUCGAGGAAUCCGAAGAAGAGGAAGAAGAAGAGGAGGAUGACCAAACUGAAGCUCUUCUGAAGGGAUUCGAAUCGGAUAACGAUGAGGAAGAGAAUGCCAAGGAGGGUGGACUCGAACCUGGUCAAGAAGUUCCAAACGCCCUCGAAAAACUCAGCAAGAAGCAGAAGAAAGCUAUCAAGAAGGCUGCUGAAGAAGCUGCUAAUGAUCUUCCUGGUGUUGUCUAUAUUGGUUGCAUUCCUCACGGUUUCUACGAGGCGGAAAUGAAAGCUUACUUUUCUCAAUUCGGAGACAUUCUCAAGAUUCGUCUGUCAAGAAAUAGAAGAACUGGUGCAAGCAAGCAUUACGCAUGGAUUCAAUUCGCCAGCAGAGGUGUCGCAGAAAUUGUAUCCAAGACUAUGGACAAAUAUUUGUUGUUCAACCAUAUCUUGAAGGUUAAAUUGGUACCUGAUGAGCAACUUCCUGAAGAUUUGUUCAAGGGUGCCAACCGUCGCUUCAAAAAGGUUCCUUGGAACAAGAUUGAGGGUCGCAGAUUAGAGCAAGGUGCCGGAGAAGAGCAAUGGGAGAAGAGAAUAGAAAAGGCCGAGAAGAAGCGCGAGAUCGCCGCAGAGAAAUUGAAGCAAAUCGGUUACGAAUAUGAGGCACCAAAGAUAAAAUCCGCAAAGGGUGUUUCCAAGAAGCCAGUCAAGGAAAUUGAGAACGUUGAGGAUGAAAUUGCCGGAGACGGAGAUGUCGUCAUGGCCAUUGAAGCUGCUCCUGCAGUUGAGGAGCCAGUCAAGGCUAAGAAGGUCAAGAAGACCAAGGUCGUCGAGGAGACUCCUGCUGCUACAAUCACCACGGAGGAAACCACCAUUACAACCGAAGAUGCUCCAGUCGAGAAGCCAAAGAAGGGAAAGAAGGCCGCAAAAGCAAAGGCAGUCGAAGCUCCCGUUGAGCCCGAAGCCGAGCCCGAAGCCCCAGUUGGAAGAAAGACAAGAUCUAAGAAGGCAGCAGUCAAGGUUGUCGAAACCCCAGCUGAAGUCGAGGUUGAAGCCGAGAUUGAAGUCCCAGCAAAGAAGGUCACCAAGGCUAAGAAAGCCAAGAAGUCCAAGGCUUAAGCUCUUGAAUUCUGUUUUCCUCUUUUCUUGUAAAUUGCCCGCUUGCUCGCUCGCUUGCUUUUGAUGAUAUUCCCCGGCGUUGUGGUCACAUAAAAGAAUCGUCGUAUGUUUCAGAGGGUAUGCUUUUAGACAUGUCGCUUACUUGCUUGCUGUAUUACUUUGAUCUGGCUGGCUUGUAUUGAGAAGAAUAUGGCUCGGAUGAUCUGAUACUUAGUAAGCUAGGCUUAAUAUAAAUGAAUGACAUAUGAAGUAUAUGAUUUACA